UUUUUUGACAGGUGACUGACAAUACUGAAAUCACAGUUUUACAGCUGUAUUCGUAAAUAAAUGUAACGUUACUGCGAUCUCUUUGUUUCCAAAACGAAAAUAUUAUUUGGUAAUCGAAGUCGUCUGGAGCUUUCAAUAAAUAUGCUGCGUGUUAAAAUUCAUAUAGCACUAAGUGCUAUAGGAGCCUUUCUAGGCUUGUCUGCGUUUAUAUGUUUCUGCAUUGUUUAUGCAAACAUAGAAGCCGGAAUGUGGGCGCUGCUAUCUGGUAUCCAUGCAUCUCUAGCCCUGAUGCUACAUUGCCACUACCUGAAAGAGUCACUGCACGUCAACUUCUCAAGAAAGGCAUUACAAUACAUUGGAGACUUUGGUAUUGUAGGGUUCGUCUCUGGAAGUGCUUUGACACUCUUCUAUCUGUUCCUGGAGAUCUAUUACAAAGCUGAUGUUAUGCCAAUAAAGACCAGCAUUAUCAUUCGUCUCGUCUGGUCUUUCAUGAUGAUGAAGUGGGGUCUCAUGCUGUACCUCGUCACCAAGAAGUAUCUGAGGACCUACAACGACCACCAGCUCUUCUCCGAAAACCCUAACAUUGAGGAGACGUAAUUAUCUCAUUGAUUGUUAGCAAAUUGCUUCAGUCUAAGUGGUUUUGUUUAAUUUCGGAAAUAUCAAAAUUGAAGCUUUAAGAUAAGGUCACAAAGGGAUAAAGCUUGGGUCAAUAUUGCUGUGAAUAUUACUUAUUUGCAACAUAGCAAUGUAAGACCUAUUGUCUUUUGAAUAAAACCUAUUGUCCAGUUUUUACCUUUUGUCAGUGAAAACCUGAUACAGCAAGACGGAGCACCGGCUGGUAACGAAGACGGUGAAACUACAUGGACGGUAUAAUGACGACUACAUUCCUAUGAUAAUUAUAUAAAAAUUAUAUUUGUAUUAACUCGGGCGACGAUUUUUUCCAAAUUAUACCACUGACACCAGAGAAUACGUUACCAUAGCCCGAUUGCAAUUUUUCGAUUUCAACUGAUUUCGUCAGCGAUACCCGCUGGAUCUUAUUAAUUGUCAUCCUCAAUUUUAUUUCAGUUUUUGCUUUACACAUACCUAUACUUUCUGUAAUUCUGAAGUUUCAAAUUACGCAUAAAUAUGUAAAUAGAUUAGAUUAUUCCUGUUAUUCUUCUUUUUCAUAUAGUAAAAUGUCUAGGUAAAAGUCCUCGUAUCCCUUGUAUCGUUAACAUAAAAAUAAUUAAAAGAUCUUCGUUUGGUAGCUAUUUAGACUUUAAGACAUAUCAAAAUUAAAAAGGUGUUUUUUCUUGAGUCACAAAGCUUUAUGUUAUUAUUUUAUUUUAAUAUUUUUUAUUUAUAUAAUCGAAAGCCAACAAAACCACUUAGAUAUUAUUUACGUAUGAAUCUACGAGUUAUAACAAUUUAUAUACUUUUGUGAUACCUGAGUGACCUUUAUUGACUGAAUUAUAAAAACAUUGUCGAAUUUAGGCCAAUAUUUGACUGAAAUUUUCUAUGUAUUUAUGGAUAUUUUUCUGUUAUAUUUUAAUUUACAAGUCAUGCGAAUAGAAAAUAAUUACUACUACUUAUCUAUUUUUAUCCUUUACGUAUAUCUAAUUUUAUACUUUUUCUUAUCUGACCCAUAUUAUGCCUCUCUCUAUACAUAUCUAUUUCUUAGUUUAUUUCUUCAUUUCUUGAUACAUCUUAAUGAGGUACUUACUUACUUUACUAAUAAUCUAAUAAAAAUAGCAGAAUUAAAUUGUAUACUUCGUAAAUUAAUUGAAUUGUAGGACAAGUUACUGUGCGUUUAAUAUCAACUUGUUUGUUCAUUUAGUGUAGUAAAACCUUCCUGUAAAAAACAGUAAGAAAUUAUUGUAGUGCUAAUUCAAAAUUAAUGUUAAAUUUUUGGGUAUAAAUAAAAUAAAUAUUAUGUUAUCGUUAUAUUUAUUACAAACAGUUAAUUACAUGUAGUUAAGACAUCUUCCUAGUGUUUUAUUAAGUUAUAUUUGUAACUGUGUCUAUGCUAUUAAAUGAUUAUUGUCAACUGUAGUUAAGAAAUAAAUAAAGUGUUUUUUAUAAAA